GUACAGAAAAGAAAGAGAGGAGUGAGGAAAAAGGGUGAAAGAAACAAAGGGGGCAGCAAAAAGUAGCACCUCCCCUAAGCUUAUCCCAGCGCCAGACACCACCCUCUUCCGGUAGUUUCAGCCCACUGACUGUGACAGUAACACCAAUGGGGGAGGAGGGAAAGAAACCGGAGGAACCCAAGGUGGAGGAGAAGAAGCCAGAAGAAGCCGAGAAGAAACAAGAGGAGAAGAAGGAAGAAACAGCGGAAAAACCAGCAGGGGAGAAAAAACCAGAAGCGACUCCUCCACCGCCACCGCCACCGCCCGAGAUUGUGCUCAAAGUGUUCAUGCAUUGCGAGGGUUGCGCUCGGAAGGUUCAUCGCUCCCUCAAAGGAUUCCCAGGUGUCGAAGAAGUGCUCACCGACUGCAAAUCUCACAAGGUGGUUAUCAAGGGAGAGAAAGCGGAUCCUCUGAAGGUUUUGGAGAGAAUACAGAGGAAGAGUCACAGAAAGGUGGAGCUUCUCUCUCCGAUCCCGAAACCUCCAGAGGAGAAGGUCCCGGAAGAAGAAAAACCAAAGCCCAAGCUCGAAGAGAAAGUACAAGAGCCACCGAUUGUGACGGUUCUGAAAGUUCACAUGCAUUGCGAGGCUUGUUCACUGGAAAUCAAGAGACGCAUCCAGAGAAUGAAGGGGGUGGAAUCAGCUGAACCCGAUCUGAAGAAGUCAGUGGUGAGUGUGAAGGGCGUGUACGAUCCAGAGAAGUUGGUUGAGUACGUGUACAAGAGAACUGGGAAGCACGCAGUGAUCGUGAAGCCGGAGGCAGAAAAGAAAGAGGAGAAGGUGGAGGAAGCAAAAGAGGAGAAAAAGGAGGAGGUUGAGAAAGAGAAGAAGAAGAGUGGUGAAGGAGAAGAAAACAAGGAAAAGAAAGAGGAAGAAGCAAAGGGUGAGACGAAGGCAGAGGAAACAGCAGUAGUAGCAGCAGCUGCAACAUCUAGUGAAGAGAGCAACAAGGUUGUUCCAGAGGUGAAGAUUAAUGAAUACUUCUAUAACCCACCAAGGUAUGGCAUGGAGGUGUAUGCAUAUCCUGCACACCCUGUACAACCAGCAUACCCUGCAUAUUUCCAUGCCUACCCUCCCCAGAUAUUCAGCGAUGAGAACCCAAAUGCCUGCACUGUCAUGUAAAAACGGAAGGGGUCAAGGGUGAAAUGGGAAAAUUCUCAACUAUGGGUGCCUCAUAAUAUAGAUUAUACCCUUUCCUGGGUUACUUAUGCGCUGUUGUACUAUUCCUGCUGAAAGUACACUGUAUGCAUAAACUAUAGAAUUUUCAAUUUCCUAAGACUUUAUGUUUAAGUACAAUAAAUAUACUAUACUACUUAAAAAAUCAGAAAAAUUAAAA